AUGCCCUCUUGCUACAGGAAUGCGCUGAACAUUGUGGUCACCACCCUUUUUGCCGCGGUGGUCCUCUUCACCAUUCUGUUGGCCUAUGUUACAGGCUACCAGUUUAUCCACACUGAGCAGCACCACCUGUCCUUUGGCCUAUAUGGUGCCUUCCUCUCCCUCCACCUCUUUCUCCAGAGCCUCUUUGCAUUCUUGGAGCAUCGGCGGAUGAGGAGUCCUGCCCGACCUCAACACCUCCGGCGUUCCGUGGCCCUCUGCAUCGCAGCUUACCAAGAGGACCCAGACUACCUAAGGAAGUGUCUCCACAGCAUCUGCCGAAUCUCUUUUCCAGGCUUGAAGGUGGUGCUGGUUGUGGAUGGAAAUAGACCCGAGGAUCGCUACAUGAUGGACAUUUUCCAUGAAGUGAUGGGAGGAGCGGACCAGGCUGGCAGCAUGGUGUGGAAGGGGAACUAUCACAGGGACGGUAGUGGAGGUGGGGGGAAAAGCACAGCGCACAUGGAAGAGAUGGCACAGGUGUCAAGGAUGGUCAGAGGUUGCCGCUAUUCUUGCAUUAUGCAGGAGUGGGGAGGUAAAAGGGAGGUGAUGUACACUGCCUUCAAAGCGCUGGGGGACAGUGUGGACUACGUGCAGGUGUGUGAUUCAGACACAGUUUUAGACCCAGCAUGUACCAUAGAAAUGCUCAAGAUCCUUGAGGAAGAUCCAAUGGUGGGAGGGGUUGGUGGAGACGUGCAGAUACUCAACAAGUACGACUCAUGGAUCUCCUUCUUAAGCAGUGUGCGCUACUGGAUGGCCUUCAACAUUGAGCGUGCGUGCCAGUCCUACUUUGGCUGUGUCCAGUGUAUCAGUGGCCCUCUCGGGAUGUACAGGAACUCCUUGCUACAGCACUUCUUGGAGCCAUGGUACCAUCAGACCUUUUUAGGCUCCAAGUGCAGCUUUGGAGAUGACCGCCACCUCACCAAUCGGGUGCUUAGCUUUGGGUACAAGACAAAAUUCACAGCUCGAUCACAGUGUCAGACUGAGACACCAACCCAGUAUCUGCGUUGGCUCAACCAGCAGACUCGAUGGAGCAAGUCUUACUUUCGUGAAUGGCUCUACAAUGCCUUGUGGUUCCAUAAACACAGCCUCUGGAUGACUUAUGAAUCCAUGGUCACUGGCUUCUUCCCGUUCUUCUUGGUUGCUACAGUCAUCCAUCUCUUCUAUCGUGGACGGCUGUGGAAUAUCCUGCUCUUCUUAUUGACAGUCCAGUUGGUUGGGAUGGUGAAGGCGACCUACGCCUGUUUUUUGCGUGGCAGUCUGGUCAUGAUCUUCAUGUCACUUUACUCACUUCUCUACAUGUCCAGCCUUCUUCCUGCCAAAAUAUUUGCCUUGCUUACCAUAAACAAGGCUGGAUGGGGCACAUCAGGCCGCAGGAAGAUUGUGGUCAACUUCAUUGGAGCGGUGCCAGUUACAGUUUGGGCUAUGGUGCUGCUUGGAGGUGUGGCAUAUACAGUUUACUGUGAAACACAGGAGCCAUUCAGUGAGACUGAGAAAGCCUUAUUGAUAGCAGGGACGAUACUCUACGCCUGCUACUGGCUUAUUCUUGUGGUACUGUAUUUGGCAAUUGUAGCCAAACGGUGUAAUAAGAGGGAAGAACAGUAUCAUCUGCCAUAUGAAGAGGCCUAA